UUUUGAUCAGGCAGGUCCACAGACGCCUGUGUUUACACAAAUUUCCCAGCGUUCUUUGCGGCCUUCCUUUUCCUCCAUUUUUCUCCUUAGCGAAGGUGAACUCACCUGGAGAAAAAACAAGAUGCCUGGAAGACUGUGGAGCAAGGCCAUCUUUACUGGCUAUAAGCGUGGUCUGAGGAACCAGCGUGAACACACAGCCCUCCUGAAGCUUGAGGGUUGUUACACCAGGAACGAGGUGGACUUCUACCUGGGGAAGCGAUGCGCUUAUGUCUACAAAGCAAAGAAGAAGACCGUGACGCCUGGUGGUAAACCUAACAAGACCAGAGUGAUCUGGGGAAAGGUGACUCGUGCUCACGGUAACAGCGGGAUGGUCCGAGCUAAGUUCAGCAGCAACCUACCAGCAAAGGCUAUCGGACACAGAAUCAGAGUGAUGCUGUACCCUUCUCGAGUGUGAAGAGCAUCAGUUUUCUUUGCAGCUGUUUGUACAGAAACAAUAAAAAUAUCAGGUCCAAACCUG